AUGACAGCCAGCAUGGAUGACUUCCACCAGAAGCUCGCCGCCGUUAAGCAUCGCCGCGCCACAUCAGCUGCCCUGCCUGUCGGCAUUGCUCCUCAGGUUUCCUCAUUCUUAUACAGAGACACACAGAAUAACCACAAGCCCAGAGCCAACAAUUUCGAGCAUCGACUCAGUGAUGAGAGUCGAGCACGACACGCCGCUACGCUGAAAGCAUCGGCGAGCGUCACAUCGACCAUUGAGGCCAUCAACCUUGGCACUGCAAGACCAUCAUCCAAGUACUCUCCGUGGCAAUCUAUGGCCAUGGGCGGAUUCGACCCGUGGGCUCGGGGCACUGAUAGAGGUCAAGCCAGCCCUGUCAUGAACGUGGCGUGUGAGAAAGGCGAAGCUGGAUGGGAUUUUGGGACAGCGAUGAACUAUGGCUGGGCCACAGGAUCACCACAGCUGCUUCGAUUCGUGACAGAACACGUAGAGCUGAUCCAUAAUCCGCCCUACCAGGACUGGGAAUGUUGCGUGACCUCCGGCACCACCUCUGCGCUUGAGAUGAUCUUUCGCAUCCUUUGCAAUCGUGGAGACUCAAUUCUGACGGAGGCGUAUUCUUAUCCUGGCACUUUGGAGGCCGUCCGCCCGCUCAGCAUCAAAGCCAUCGCCGUCGCCAUGGAUGAGCACGGUCUGAGACCUGACAUGCUGGACCUGAAGCUGCGACAGUGGGAUCCAGCUCACGGCCCGAAGCCAUCUGUUUUGUACACAGUUCCAUGUGGCCAGAAUCCGACAGGAGUCACACAACCUCUCGAAAGAAGAAAGGCCAUCUACGCUAUCGCCGAGGCUCACGAUCUCCUCAUCAUCGAAGACGACCCAUACUACUUCUUGACCCUCCACGAAGACCUUCAUACCGCAACACCAGAUCAAUACAUCAAGACCCUACCUACCUCGUACCUUUCCCUCGACCACUCGGGCCGGGUCCUCCGCCUAGACGCCACAUCCAAGAUCCUCGCUCCAGGCCUGCGAGCAGGAUGGCUGACGUGCUGUACUCAACUGAUGACCAAAUUUCUUUGUCACACUGAGUGUAGCACUACAGCGCCCAGCGGACCCUCACAAGUCAUGCUCUACAAAACUCUCGAUGAGGCGUGGGGCCAUGAAGGCUUCACCAUGUGGCUGAUGAGGCUCUCGUCGCAGUACAAGGGGUGUCGAGACGCCAUGAUGAGGGCUUGCGAGCGGUAUCUGCCGAAGUCCAUCUGUCGGUGGACCGAGCCGACUGUGGGAAUGUUUGUCUGGAUCAACAUCGAUGUUGAUGGAUACCCUGGUGCUAAGACGGAUAGUCCGAGGGGCGGGAAAGUGUGCAAUGCAUUGAUGAUUGAGGAGAAGAUCUUCACCGGUGCGAAGGCGAGAGGGGUGCAGGUCAGUAGGGGAAGCUGGUUUGCGGUGGAGCAAGGCUUGAAGGAAAGUGCUGUAGCUUUUCGGAUGACUUUUGCUGCGGCAGAGGAGAGCAUGCUGGAGGAAGCGGUGCGACGCUUUGCGGCUGCUGUCAAGGAAGAGUUCGAGCUGGAGGAUCAUGUUGUCUAA